AUGUUAGAAGAAAAUGACUAUGAUGAGAUUGUUCAUGAUCCAAUUGUAACUCUCAGGCAUCAAAAAUACAAAACUUGGUUAUAUAUCGUUCUGCUUGCAGUGUGUCUCUACAUCUUGUUUUAUAUAAAUUUGGUGAAAAUUCAAUCGACAACAGUCAGUGUGUCGAACAUAACGCUUCAAUAUUUCGAACAACUUUAUGUUGAACAUCAUGAAACUCUGUCAUGUCCAUGUUCAACAAUAAGAAUACCGUAUCGAAACAUUACUUCGAACAAUGUGACGAUGCAUUCGAUAUGUUCGAGUAUAUUCAUUGAUCCAAAGUGGACGGAAGCAUUGUAUUUUGCGAAUGCAAGUCAAUUUGGUGUUUGGGAUUUUCGAACAACAGCAUAUUCUCAAUUUGAAUUAUUAUCGAGUUUUUGUUCGCUUUCAAAUGAAAUUAUUUCUCAAACUCUCAGUGACAUUGGCAACAAUGAAGUUGUAACUCUUUAUCUUUCUACUCAAACGCAAAUCCGAGUUGAUAUUAAUAAAAGAAUUGAAAAUCUAAAGAAUAGUGCAACGUCUCGCAUGAUGACAUUUCUCAAUUAUUUACAAAAUACGAAUAACAAACACUUUUUUGUUUCGGCUCUCAAUACAAACUUCAUAAUUUUAACAUUCGGCGAUCUUAAUCAUACUUCUCUUUUUGGAUUAGAAGUAUCUUAUUUGAUUAACUACACACCGGGUGAGAAAUGCAGCGAAACUGUAGUAAUAAUGAACGCCACUCUCAAUCGACUGCUUCCUGAAUUAAUGGACGAAGGAAUUCGAUCAAAAAUGGUGCUUUUACCUAAUUCGACCAUUGUCAAUGGUUUUUUCACAGCAUGUACUCCUGUUGAAGCACUUCUUCAAAGCACAUUAGAUUGUCUAUACGAAAUACAUUGCCUUCAAUUAUUGUUCAGCUAUUUUCCAAAGCUAACACAGAUUAAUUUCAAUCCAUAUAAUUCAUCUUUAUCUUCAGAAGAUCGAACUAGUAGAUCUGUUUAUGAAUAUUUGAAUGAUCUUUUCGUUCGAAAUUGGUCAACAGAAAUCGAUUAUGAAAAAUAUUAUCUCGAAUGUUCUCCAUCAAUGUGUAUAUAUUCGACAAUCGAAAGAACAGAAACCAUUCAUGCAUUGACAAUUUUCAUUAGUCUUUAUGGUGGAUUAGUCAUUAUCUUUCGUAUUGUCUCUUCUUUAUCUAUUGAUAUCCUCGUGAAAUGGAAAUGUUGCUCGAAAAGCACACACCGUAAUUCAACAGUCGAACAAAAAAAUAGUGUCUCGAGACUUGUCCAAGCAAUAAAAAUAUUCAAUUUAUUCAAGCAGAUCAAUGACCGAACGGAAGAGAGUAUCAAAUUGCAGAGAAUCAUCACACGUGUUUAUGUGAUUUUACUUAUCGUUUCCAUCUGUAUACUCUGUCUAUUGACAUCAUUGCACAGUGAAACACGAACAGUAGCCAUUACGAAUUCGUCAAUGGCAGUCUAUCAAUCACUGGAAGAUUUAUAUGCGAGUACGCUUCGCUGUCCAUGUGUAAAACAAUCAAUUCCUUAUGGACAAUUUCUCUCGUUAUCUCCUCGUUUUCAUCAAAUAUGUUCGAGUGGCUUCGUUCAUCCGAAUUGGAUUAGGGUGUUGGCGGAUGAUUCGAAUGCACUCCAUGGUAGUGCGCGGAGUCAUCGCGUAUAUUUGCAAUUCCAGUUCCUGUCCGAUUUGUGUCACUUGGCACGUACGACGAUUGCUGAUGCGAUUAUUCGUUAUCUUUCUCAAAUGUUUGUGGUUUCUUCUGUAAUGAACGAAACCGAAUUUUACAAACAAGUUAAUGCAAGUUUCAAUCAAUUUCGUCAAUCAACAGUUUAUAAUUUUGGCUUAAUGUCGGAUGUUUUACAACUAUUAAUGCAAAUUGAUCAGUUGUAUCUGAAAUCAAUUGAAAUACUCGAUGACUUUUCUCAUAAUGUCAAUCUAAUCAACAGUGUAAUAACUAAUGAUUCGAAUUUCAUUCAACUGAGAAAUUUUCAAUAUCAAUUAAAUGGAAUUCGAAAUAUCAGAUCAAAGCAGAUGACAUGUGUUUGUGCUACAACUGCGCAUUGUGAAACACCUAUCGGCGUAUAUGAAGAUGUUUUCAACAGUACGACUAACUCAAAUACGGUUCUGUUUCAUUCAAUACCGGGUUGGGUUCAACGAUGUUUAGCUAUUGAUUCUCUUCGUUUUUCGUCACUGGAAUGCUUGUAUGAAGACUCCGAUUGUUUCUUUUUCUUUUUGGAUACUCUACAGAUUACCACUGUACACGAACCAUUGUUGUUCGAUUUCAAACCGUUGAUUUAUGAACCGUCAAUGACUCGAUAUUCUCGAAAUGCCACUGUUUCCGAUCUAUUCAAGCAAAUAAUGAUCGAACAAUGGAGUUCAUCGACAAUAUAUGAAGCAUUUUUUGAAUUCUGCGCACCGACGCAUUGUACAUAUUCUCAAAAGAUACGAACGCAGAAUUUUCUCGGAGUGAUGGUUAAGUUAAUAUCAAUGAUUGGUAGUAUUAUGUUUUCUUUGCGAAUUAUUACUCCUCAACUUGUUAAACUCAUUCUUCGAUUGAUUGUAAGGUGUAAAAACAACAAAAAACAACAAAGAUCACAAAGUCUUGGGACUUUUGUUAAUCGAUUAAAAAUGACAAUAAGAAAAUUAUUAAAGUUCUUAGCAAUGAAAUUACUUCAGCUCAAUAUGUAUUCAUCGCGUGAUUUCGGAAGUGAUAUUGAUCGAGAAACAGUCAGAUGCUAUAGUCGAUGGGCAACGCGUCUUCAUUUUUUCUUGUAUCUCGCCAGUUGUGCAAUUCUAAUCUUCUAUAUGAUUAUUCGAACGCAUAACCUAACCAAAACACUUGAUCAACCAACGUUUGCUUCUUAUGAACGUUUACAACAACUGUAUGGUAAUAAAUUAAAGUGUUCAUGUUCUCAAAUAGCAUCACCGUAUAGUGCAUACGUUGAAAUUCAACCAGUCUUUCACCCGAUCUGUUCAAGUACAUUUGUAUCGAAUGAAUGGCGAGAUAAUCUCACAAAUGACUUUGCCGCUAAUUUGUCUAUCUAUGCACAAAAUGAUUAUCGUCGAUUUCUUUCUGCUCACAUUCAAUAUCUUCAAGGUUUAUGUCAUUUGUCUCAACAAACUGUUCACAAUGCUAUUAAUGAGUUACUCAUAUCAUUAUUAGUCACGGUUGAACUUCUCUCUAACGAAGAAUUUCACCAUCGUGUUGACACGUUAAUUAAACAAAGUGAAACCAAUGCACCAAUUCUAUUUUCUCGUUUUCUUUUCAUGAUUCGAACAGUGAAUCAUGGAAAUGCUUUUAUGACAACAUAUGGAACAAAUUUCCGAUAUCUCGCUUUGUUAAACUCUCCUAGUUGGAGUUAUGCGUACACUGAAGCAAUGAUUUAUGAUGAUAAUUGCUCGUGUGGAUUGUUCUCAAAUUGCACAACUCAAGCAACUUUCAUAGAGUCGUCGAAGGUAAUUCCAGUUCAAGGAUUGAAAAUAGGAUGUUUACCAAGCGAAUCGUUUCGUUUAUCAACUCUCGAAUGUUUUUAUAAUCAAUCAUGCCUCGACCUGCUUCAUCAAUUUACAAAUUCUCAAAAUUUGUCGAUUCCUCUUUCGACAGCAUCCAGUCGUUUCUCACUCAAUACGACAAUCAAUCAAUUGAUGAGCUGCUCUUUCACUGAACAAUGGUCAACAAACAAAACUUAUUCAUCCUAUUAUCAUCAAUGUUCACCUUCAUCAUGCUCUGUCACUUAG